AGGCAAGUUGGGUUUGGCACGCAGACGGUCGAUGGAGAUUGACUCAAGCGCAUCUCUCUCGUUUUGUGUUUGGCCCAUUGGAACAAUUCGCCAGUUCAUUUUGACAAGAACGAUGUGAUCAAAAUUUGAAAGAAGAAAAAGGUGUUCAGUUCUCUCCGUCUUUAUUGUGGAGUGUUUGAUUCUAGUUUGUACAUAUAUGUGUGGAGUGAUUCAAUCCGUCUGUGCUUGAGAAGAUCCUGACCGUCCGUGUUCUUGUUAUUUAGUUUUCCUCGUAACCCGCACCGUUAUCUUACAUCAACAAUGCCGAAGAUUUUUGCUCUCAGACAUCAAUUGGCGGAACAGCAAGCCAAACUGAAACAACAGUCCAAGGGUGAGAAUCAACCCGUGAUUGACGAUGUUGAUCAGAAUUCCAGCUCGCCAAGCCAUUCGGAUACAGUUCCCGUGAUUCCAUAUCACUAUGGACCACCACUGGCCAGUCACAGCGGACUCCUCACUCACAAACCAGAUUUGGGAUUUCCAUCCAGUUUGUUGGAUCAUGUCACCAUCACCCCCACCCCUGCCAUUCGCACUUUGGCCUCCCGAAAAGCGUAUGAUGAACCCAUGGACGUGGUCAUCCGAAGAAAAGAUUCGGACCGAUAUCACCCUUACAACAGAUCAUCGGUAUUGGGUGGGAAUCUAAGUGAACCGAUUCAGGACAGGCCCAUCAACCUGCAAAUCCACAAAACCACGGUCUCUCCACCCCCACAAUCGGAACCAGUGGACUUCUCAACAAAGAAAGAGUCCAAACAAGAUGCCAAGAGUACAGAGCAUCCCGCCCGGGUAGACAAGAAGCCCAUGUCUUUCACCUCCAGCAGAGAGUUGAGGUUUUCAAAGAACCUAAAGUUCCUCUUGGUCGAGAUAUUCCGCAGCCAUCCCGAGAAAGCCAGGAUGAUCAUUGACUACAUCCAGCAUGUCUCGCGUAAAAAAGAUCCUAAUAAUGAGCCUAAAACAGAAGCUGCUCCGGAACGGUACGCAGGGACCUCUUCUGACUCAGAAACGGAAGUGACGGUGAAAGAGGAGACGAUGGACGGAAAUGAGCGAGGUCCGAAAACAGCGUCGCCUGGCCCGGGCAAGGCCCAUUCCGGAGGCAUUGAAGGUCCAGGCAGCUCACCCGGGAGUAGUUCAGGUGGAAGUGACUAUAGCGAAAAUAACAACAACAACAACAACCAUCACAGCCUGAACAACAAUAACAACAAUUUUUCCAAGAAACUCCAUGGGAAAGGAGGGUUCAACCCCAAUGCGCCUGGGAUGAAUACAAGCUCUGCAGAUAUCAAUAUUGAAACACUAGACUUUGGCGAUCUACCGGAAUCCAGUACAGCCAAAUGGUUCUCGGAACAUCCGGACAUCAACCCAGCCAAAGUAUUCGAUGGCAUUAAUCUGAAAUCAGAAUUCCCCUAUCCAACCGAUACUAAGGUGGAGAAACCCCCAGAUCUCACGAACUUGGACAACGCAACAGCCAAUCUGUUGCAAAUGUCCGUGCCAGAUCCUUCCACCACGUUCCUGGACAUUGGCACCGACUCCAGUAUGUAUGAAGACGACCCGUUUAAUAUUGAGCAUCUUCUCCCAUCCACUUUCAACAUGAACCAACUCGACAUGGGCCCAAAUGCCACCGAACAGGCCAUGCUGGCUCAUGGCGCCGAGAACUCUGUCAAUUUGGCACUUCCAAGUGGAAAACCAAUCCACCUCCAACCUAACCACCCUCAUCAUAAUAUGAUUCCACCCCAUUCCCAAAUCUCAGCGUCCCAACAUACUAACAACUCUCUCAAGAGCUCUCAUCAUUUUUCCCUCCAUUCCCACCACUCUCACCAUCAUCAUUUGCCUCCACCUUCAUUGCCACCAACUGCGACCUCAAUUGGACUGAGUCUUUACCCGGAGACCACCAUUCGCCCCGUCAUUGCCCCUCCGUCUUCCAUGGGGUCCCAUCACCCUCACCAUUCUCAUGGAGCAAACCAGUUGCCGGCCAAUAUUAGAUCUCUGAUUAAGACCGAGCCCAUGCCGUGUAUCAAACGCGAAGACCCCUACGGUCAUGAUCCCUUGUCUUUGGACGCUGGUUACGACCGGACCUCCGGGAUGUCACCGAUGUCCUCCAUGGAAUCCGUCGGCUCUCCAGGCUCUCCACCCACUUCCACCAUGGCCAUGUUUGCCAGCCAGCAUUCAAGAAUCCCUCUACCAGGGUCCUCUGGAUCCAUGGGCGGGGGCAAGAUGCAAGCUAGUCAUAUUGCUGCUUUAUCUCGGAAAAAAGCAGUGGGCCAAGAAGACGAGGAUCUGAUUAACAUUCCUUCCCUUCAAGUCAGGAUUAAGAUCUUACAACAAAGGUUGGGGCUGACUGCCGAGACUCCAGUGGAAAUCAUUAAUGGUGGGCAUGGAAUCAAGAACCCUCUGGCAUCAGAUGCGCCGGAAACCAUCAAGCUGGAGAAACUUCCGGCAGUUCGUCCGGACAAUGAUCCAUCCAAGUUCCAAUGCCGGAUUUGCUCCAAGGUCUUCAAGCUCCAGCGCUUGUUGAAUCGCCAUAUGAAGUGUCACAGUGACGUGAAGCGUUAUUUGUGCACUUUUUGCGGCAAAGGUUUCAACGAUACGUUCGACUUGAAGCGUCAUACACGAACACAUACAGGCGUCCGUCCGUACAAGUGCAAUCUUUGUGAAAAAUCUUUUACUCAGCGAUGUUCUUUGGAAUCCCAUUGUCUCAAGGUACAUGGGGUGGCUCACAACUACGAAUAUAAACAGCGAAGGUCCAAGAUGUACGUUUGCGAAGAUUGUGGAUUUACAACCAAAGAACCCGAACUUCACUACUUGCACCUGAAGGAGAAGCAUCCCUACAGCCCCGCACUGUUGAAGUUCUACGACAAGAGGCAUUUCAAGUUCAAUAACUCAGGAUUUGCUAGUAUGCUAUUACAAGUCAAUUCAUAGUGAAAAAAACUUCCAGAACAAAGCACUGUGAUACCAUGUCUGGAUGGAGGCAGAUAUUAGACAAAAAUUUCGUUGAAACACAUUCCCCCGUUUGCACAGUGUGAGAGGCGAACUUGUAAACUACGUACUCCUUCUACUUCUACACACACACACACACAUACGACGAGUAUUGAUUGGAAAAGAAUAUACCUCUGUGAUAUCUGGUCAACAUUAUCUUCAUCAUCAGCAACAAUAACAACAACAACAACAGCAACGACAUAUUCUUGCAGCUGUGGUCCCAGCCUUCUUUUCUCGCCUGGUUUGGUACCAUGAAUUUCGGCAUUUUGGCUAUCCUGAAGAAAGAGCUUAAUUAUAAACUGUCUUUUGUAACAUGACUCUUGAACAGGUCACUCAUCAAUCAAGCAUACAGUUAUAUUUUCUUGUAAUGCCCCUACCCCUCGCCCCCGCUUCAUGCAACCUCUUAUACAAAUAUUUAUAUCACCCCAUGCCCAGCCCCCAUUAUUGAAAGCAAUGAGAGUAGUUUCAAUUGACUAAGUAUUUCCAUCCUGUCCAUAAUUUUGAACUUGCCUUCACCAAAUGUACAUAUGCUAUUCUCCCUAUAAAAAUCCUCCUUCUCAUCUUAGCAACCUUGGAUUUGACCGCGAAAUUCUUUGUACGUGAAUAAAAGCUUUGUUACAGACACAAUAGAAUAGUUUUGUAAUGUCACAACUUCAUUGAAUAUUACUACACAAAUGUUCAGAAAA